AUGGGAGUAUUUCGGCAGGAAUUUUUGUUAAAAAACUAUCUUGCAAAAUUCAAAUCUGUGGAACCUUUUUACAAACCACAGUGGAAAUGGCCGGUUUGGGUUAUGUUAGUGUAUCGGGGAAUUUUCUCCUUUUACACAGUAUUUGGUUUGAUCUAUUACUUGGUGUACCGCCAGGAUCUUCGACAUCCAACUAUUUUGUAUCUAGCAACGUGGGCGUAUAUCGCCUUGACGCUAUACCAUCUAGUGGCACUAAUUGUAACGAGCUAUAUUUUUGCCAAAACCACAAAGGAGGAGAAAACUGAAACUAUUCCUCUGACAACCGGAAGUGUCAACAAUGAUCGAGUUGACGAAGAAGAGACAACAGCAAAUAAGAAAAAUUCGUUACCAUGGUACGUCAUCAUUACUUGGUUACUAGCGAAUGUUUCCUACACGUCUGCAAUAACCGUCACAACGGUGUUCUACUUCGCGUUGUUUCCCCUGGGUGGUGUGAAUACAGAUAUGGAAGACGUCAACAUCCAUGUAUUUAAUACGAUAUUGGUUCUGGUAGAUGUUUCUAUCACUGCUAUACCUGUACGUCUGUACCACGUAUCCUAUACUAUCAUAGCUGGUGGGGUGUACUCUGUUAUGUAUGAAGUCUACUGGAACGUUAACAAGAGCAGGAAUGUUCUAUAUCCUGGAUUACUCGAUUGGAAUAAACCGGAGAUAGCCACGAUGGUGAACUUCACGCUACUGUUUAUUGUACUUCCAUUACUACAAUUUAUGUUUUUCGGUUUCUAUCGACUCCGUCUCUUCAUCUUUGAGAAAAUAUAUAAGCAAAAGUAUGAACAUGAACCAUAA